AUGGCAGAAGAGAGAUGGAAAACAACCGAGUACCGAAAAAAGGUCGUGCAGCCCGUCGCGGAAGAAUUAAUCAAGCAUGGUGCUCCUUUAAAAAAUUUUAGUUUGUCUGAGCUUGUUGCAUCUGUAGAAAGAUUUGAAGAGAAAGUGAACACUUGUGCAAAAACUGAGGAAGAGUAUCUUAAUUUGGUGACUGCGAAAGUAAAAUCGAUCCAUGUACUGUCACGGAAGGCCGCUGAAGCCAGAAAUCACCUAACAAAUGCUUCUGACUCAGCUGGAACAAAUGCAAACUUUGAUUGGCAGCUUCAAGUUCUGAAACACAAAUAUAACGUUGUAGUCCGUCGACUUUAUGAAAAGAUUUGUAAAAGGCUUCAGCCUUCUGCUAAAGUUUUAAACUCAAGAGAAUUGGAUAGAUUUAGACACCAUAAGAAUUCAAUGGAAAGCCUUUUUUCACUUUUUGAAUUGAGUAAGAACCAGAUCACUCCGGAUAUGAAGUAUCGACCAAUCGAAGCAGAUCGUUACAUACAAGGUAUUUUAAUGGUGAACGGUUCUACAGUGCAACACUCAUCUAACUUGCAAUCCAAGAAACAACCGGUAAUCCAAAUUGGCAGUUCACAAUGCGGUAAACCUACAUCUGGUUCCCAAGAGAAAAGUCCUGCAAUUGAUCGAUUGAUAAAAGCGUGGACAUCAAUUCUGUUGUUUCGUGUUUUUAAUGAAUUCUACAAAAAUGUUCAUUGCGUAAGUAGUCAUCAAGUAUGCAUCAACCAUUGCUACGCAAAUUCCCCAUGCUGUUGGAGCUGCAUAUUCCUUAAAGAUGGACAAAAAGGAUGCAUGUGCCAUAACUUACUUCGGGAGAUGGUGGUUCAAGUGAGAUUGAGUUAUGAGCUAUAA